AUGUUCGCCUUCAUCCUAGACGUGAUCGGUUCUUCAUUCCGUAGAAUCUACCUUGAACUCCUAAUACAGCAUUGCGACAUUAGGGUAUGUCGUGGUUUCUUUCUUUUAUCUCGAGAUCCAUUAAUUUGGCGCAGCAUUUGUCAUAAGCUAUGGGAUGCCCGACAAAUUUAUCAGGAGGUCGCCAAUGGCCGAGAAGAUAAGAAGAGGCGGCGGCAGCGCCGACGUCAAUCGUUUCGGAAGCAAGAUCGGUCUCUUGUCAAUUCUACCGAAAAAUUUCCAGCCAAAGCUAUAGUUUGGCGGCGGCUCCAGCCCAGUGAGGAGACUCCUGUAGGUCCGCUUACUUUAGUCCUGCCUAGUUGUGAGCUUGGGGGAGGUCAUGCAGUGACCAUCCUGCCUCCUCCUACCACGCCUUCAGCAUCAGAAUUCCAGGGCCCCACUCGAUGUGGCUACGACAGCUGGUUCCAGUUAGCGAUGCAACAACCACGCAUCCUGUUUGAUGGCUGUUAUUUAUCCAGAGUGGAGUACACUCGGUCUACUAAUUGUGCAGAAAUGGGUCUGGAACGCUUACUUGUGGUGCGCUACUUCCGUGCUCUGCGCUUUCUUUCUUCUCGCCGUAUCCUCUUUGUCAACUCCCCUUUCUCUGCUAUCCAUAUCGUCAAUGUUCUCACCAAUUUAGCUAGACAUCUUCAAUCCUCUGUGACUUGUUUACCUCCUACUAUUUUCGAAAUGGGACAGACAGAAGCGACGGAUCUUCGGACCAUGGUCUUGACUGAGGCAGAGUCAGGAGAGUCAUGCAAUGAUGAUCCGACAGCGGGGAAUUCGCGUCAGAGGCAAUCCAGGGUGGAUCUGAAGGAUUCCAUAAUGAUUGGAAGCUACACCUUCAUAGGGUUUGAUCGGGUCUGUUUUUAUGUCGCCCUUUGUGCUGCCCUUUUUACAUUGUAUUGGCUAAUUCUGGUAAUUUCGCUGCCUAUGUUCUGGAGCCUCUACAGAUCGGUUCGCUAG